AUGAAGGAGAGGAAAAUGAAGAGGAGGACAUUGAAGGGGGUGAAGGGCCAAAUAACAGAAAUGAGGGAGAGGACAAGGAAGAGGAGGGGAUUGAAAGGGGUGAAGGGGCAAAGUAAGACAAAUGAGGGAGAGGAAAAGGAAGAGGAGGGGAUUGAAGGGGUGAAGUGCCAAGUAAGAGAAAUGAGGGAGAGGAAAAGGAAAAGGAGGGGAUUGAAGGAGGGUGAAGUGCAAAGAAAACCAAGGGAGGUAGAGGAAGCUCAAAGGAAAAGAACAAAGGAGAGGAAGCGCAAAGAAAGAGCAUUGAGGGAGAGGAAGAACUGCAAAGAAAAAGCAGUGAGGGAGAGGAUCCGAAAAAAAAAAAAAAAGGGCAAGGAAGUGAAAAGACAGAGAAGUGAGGAAAAGGAAGUGCAAAGAAACCAAUGUGAGGAAGAGGAUGAUGAAGUUAUGUUGGUUGGCGAUGACAUUGGCGAGAGCACGGAGGGGACAAAGGUUGAGGUUACUCUCGGGGACAUUGAUUUGGAUCAACCUACAGCUGUGUUAUCUCAGUUGAACGUUUGGUUGAAUGAUGAAGGUCAAGGUGUGGAACGAGGGGUCCAAUUACGGAAGAGGAAGAGGAUUAUUCCUAUGUGGAAGAUCGUUGAAGCUAGUGAAGUGGUUCAAAAAAAUUUGCCAAAGACAACCGGACUUCGGACGUUAGACCCAAUGAAGGCGAUUUCGCAUGAUGAUAUGUUUGGUGAUGCAAUUUGGCAACGGGAAGCUGAGAUUGAAUUCUUCGCUUCCCUCGUCAAAGCUGACGGUUGGCUGAAAGGAGAUCACAUUGAUUUGGGCUUGUAUCUCAUCCGGAAGCGACAACAACAGUUGGAGGAAGUAGAAAUAUCGGAUUGGACAACGACCGAUGUAUUUUUAUGUUUUCCUAAUCCUAGUAGGAUUUCUAAGAAAAAAGAGCAAGUUGGGUGGAAAAUUAGAACCAGUUUAGUGAACGUUGUAAAUGGCAAGGUUCCGGCUUGUGGAUUGGAUUGGCAGAACACGUAUAAGGUGUAUGUACCUUGUAUGUUACAAAAAUAUAAGCAUUGGGUGGCUCUAGAGAUUGAUCUGAUUCAGUGUGAAAUCAAAGUCUACGAUUCAAUGGUUUCACUCAUUCCAGAUCAGAGCUUAAAGGAAGAACUCGGCCCCCUGUCAAUUACGAUUCCAAAUCUUCUGCACACCCUUGACUUUUAUGAAGAAGGUGUUUACGCGAACGAGUGCACCCGAGAUUGGUGGUGUCCAUGGCCAAUACAUCGUGUGGAUGUUCCACAACAGGCUAAUCAAGGCGAUUGUGGUAUGUUCGUGUUGAAGUACAUUGAGCUGUUGAGUGCUGAGAUUUCCUUAGCUACUUGCACCUCGCAGAACAUGCCAUUUUUUCGGUUGAAGUUGGCUGCAGAAAUUGCACGGGGAGAUGCUUACAUGCCAUGA